UAUUGCAAGGGAGAUAAUCUUCAGUGUAUCCGACGCCAUUCCACGCUGUUUCGAUUUUAAAACAAAGCAUAAACCUCAAAAUGUAUCCCAACUGGCAACAAAUGGGAGCUGCUGCUCCAGCCCAACAAAUGCAAUAUAAUCAAUAUCAACAGCAAAUGUAUCAGUGGUACUACCAACAGCAAAAUCCAGGACAAAAUCCAGCCGGCGUCGUACAGCCACCAGUCCCCACUAGCAUGCCACCUCUGCCAGAAGCAGCCCCACCACCACCGUCAGAGGAAAAGCCUCCAUUGCCCCCAGAACCACCACCGCAACCACCUGCAGAGGAAGAAAAGCAAGAAGAACUAAAACCAGUCACAACAGAAGAACAGAAGAAGUUAACAGAUUUACAACAACAGGCUGCUCAGUGGCAACACACUCAGCAAUGGCCACAACAGUGGCCUCAACAACAAGCUCAACCACAGCAACAAUGGGCUGACUAUUCUCAACAAUACCAGCAACCACAGAUUGCUGCUCCUGUUACAGGUGAUGAUGCUAAAGUACAGUUUGAUGCUAUACAGAAAGAAGAAUCAGAGUUUGAACAACAGUACAGUCAAUGGAAACAGCAAUAUGAAGACUGGAAAAAUCAAAAUCAAAAUCAUCCAAAUAAAGAACAAUUUAAACAGUAUGAAGCGCAAUGGCAACAGUAUGAACAACAAAUGGAGGAUAAGAAAAGAGAUAUUCAACAAAGAAAAACAGUUGUCCAGAGUCAUAUGGCAAUGGCACAACAGCAACCUCAACCACCAGGAAUGCCAGGUGUACAACCUGGAAUGCAACAGCCAUUGAUGGGACAACAACAACAAGGAAUGCCUCCCAAUCAACAGCCUCCGAUGCCCAACCAACAAGGAAUGCUACAGCAUCAGCAAGGAAUGCCACCUAGUCAGACAGGAUUACCUCAAAAUCAGCACAGCAUGGGGCCAAACCAGCAAGCAAUGCCACAGAAUUCAAUGGGAUUGAAUCAUCAAGGAAUGCCACCAAAUCAACCAGGAAUGCCAUCGAAUCAGCAAGGAAUGCCACCAAAUCAACAAGGUAUGCCACCAAAUCAACAAGGCAUAGGUGGUCAAGGAAUGAUGUCACAAAACAAAGGCCAGAUGAGAAUGGGUGGACCAAUGGGAAUGCGACAAAGUAAUCCACAAAGAAUGGACGGACCUGGUGGGCAGCGCAUGCGGUUUCCACAAAAUGAUAACAUGAGAAUGCAAAAUUCUCAGCAGAUGAGAAUGGGAGGACCUGGUCCCAGAGGCCAAAUUAGAAUGAUCAAUGAUGAACAACAAAAAGGUGGAUUAAACCAGAAUCAAUCCGGAUUUGGAGGACCUAGGCAAAGAUUUCCUGGGGGUCAGGGCUUUAACAACAUGCAGAAUCAAAAUCAAAUGAACAGAAUGCCUGGACCAAGAGGACCAUUGAUGAGAGGUCCAAGACCAAUGACUCCUGAUAAUCAGUUUAGACAGCAAAAUAUGUACGGUGAGGAGGAAGGCCAAGGGGAUAACUUUCAAGAGGAAGGCGGAGAAGAGGACAUGUGUUUAGAGGAUGAUUCUGAAAAUUCUUUUCAGGGAUCAGUUGACAAUCCAUUUAGACGACCGGAGAUUGUGCAGAUGAUGGCUAACGACGAAGAUGAGGAAGAGUUUCCAGAAGAAAACAUGGAUGGGAACAUGAUGGGGGGUCCAAAUCAAUUUAAUAGAAUGCAAAAUAUGAAUAUGAGAGGUAAUGGUAAUGGUAAUAAUAGGAUGUUGAGAGGACCCAGUCCGAAUAACAAUAUGCAGAUGAGAGGAAAUUUUCAAAAUAGGGGGAAUCCCCGAGGAAUGGGAGGAGGAGGACCAAGAGGAGCAAUGUCAAAUCCUAACCAGAUGAAACCUUUAAUGAAUGCUCCAAUAAAUGCUCCUCAGAGAAUGCCACUAAAAGGGGGACCUAUAUCAUUAAUGGAUAUUAGGUUUGAUAAACCACCUGCACCAAAAGUGACUAUAGAUGAAAAUGAACAAAAGAGCGAUGAGCAAGAUAAAGGUGAAGAAAACAAAGCAAAUCAAAUCAAGAAGGAAAAGGAGAUCACAGAGCCAGUUGGACCAAUUCAAAAAGAGUUUGCUCUUGGGCAGUCUGAGAAGAAUGCUACAUCUGGUUUAGGAACAGGGAAAGGAAUUCCUGGUCUUGGUGACGGAAAGGAUGCUCUUGUUGUGGAAAAAACUGUAGAGAAAAAGGAAGACAAAGAAAAAUCUCCAACUGAUGACAAAUCAACUGAAAGUAAAAACAUGAACGAAGAAAAACAAAAUUCUGAACAGAUGCUGGACAUCCAAAAUCAAGGACCAAAAUCACUGAUGGGACAAGGUAUUAGACCACAAGGGCCUGGUAUGAAUCAACCAUUUGGUCCAGAUCAAGGACAAGGUCCUAGACCAUUUAGUCCAAAUCAAGGACAAGGCCCAAGACAGUUUGGUCCAAAUCAGGGUCAAGGACCUAGAGGAUUUGCUCCUAAUCAAGGACAAGGUCAAGGGCCUAGAGGAUUUGCUCCUAAUCAAGGACAAGGUCAAGGGCCUAGAGGAUUUGCUCCUAAUCAAGGACAGGGUCAAGGGCCUAGAGGAUUUGCUCCUAAUCAAGGACAGGGUCAAGGGCCUAGAGGAUUUGCUCCUAAUCAAGUACAGGGUCCUAGAGGGUUUGCUCCAAACCAACAGGAGGGAAAUGAAUUUGAUGAAGACCCUGAACAGAUAGAUCAGAUGCAAGGCAUGCCUGGUCAGGGACAGGUUGGAGCAAGAGGCUUUGGUCAAAGAGGGACAAGAGGACAAUUUCCUGGUCAGAGAGGUGCUAGAGGACAAGCACUAGGCCAGAGAGGUGCAAGAGGACAAGCACCAGGUCAGAGAGGAGCAAGAGGACAAGUUCCAGGUCAGUUUGGUCCUAGGGGUUUUAAUCAGAAUCAGGGACCAAGAGGAUUUGGAGUUCAAAACCAGAUGGGACAGAAUCAGCGAAUGUUAGGUCAGUUUGAAGAAGAAAAUUCUGAACAAUAUGGAGAACAAAAUUUUGGACAUUCAGAUGAACCACUUGAAUUCAUGGGAAAAUUCAAUCAAAAUAAGGCUGACAGAGGAAUGAGAGGUCGUGGUAGAGGUCCGAUGAAUAGAGGUCAGUUGAUCAGGGGUCGUGGACGAGGAAGAGGUUGGCAACAUAAUCAGUUUCAGGAGGAACCUAUGAACCAACAACAACCUCCUCAGCCUGAACCAGAACCUGAAGUUUACAAUGAAGAGGAGGAAAAAGAGAGAUUGAGAAGAGAAUUGGAAGAAGAAGGUGAACAGUGGAUGGCGACACACCAACAACAACAAGAGGAAAUUAAGGAAAUUGAAAAAAGAAGGGAGCAGUGGGGAGAAAGGCGAACACCACCUUUACAUGGAGACAGAUUUGACAGACCACCAUUUGAUGAACGACCGCCAUUUGAAGAUCCUUAUAGAAGAGAUCCUUACCUUGAUAGGAUGGAUCCAUAUUUUGACAGGAGGGAUCCAUACUAUCCAGACAGAAGACCCUAUGAAUAUGAUCCUUACGGCGCUAGACCACAUGACUAUUAUUACCCUGACCGAUAUGGAGCCCCACCACGGGAACCAUCGCCUAGAUUGUUUGUAGCACCAGAAGUUAUAGAUCAUGGUCACAAGUCAAGUGGACUGGCAGAUUAUCCAACAGACAGAGAGCCAAUAGAAUACAAACCUCCACAAGUUAUAGAUUAUGGACAUGGUAAAUCAUCAGACGAUGCAGCACCAAGUUCAGAUAUGUCUCAUGGUUUCAACCCUGACAGUCGACCAAGCUACGACAGGGAAUCUGACUUCAGUAGAGAUAGCCAGUACUAUGAAAGGGACAGUAGAGGCAGAGAUAACAACAGAGAUAGCAGUAGAGAUGGUUAUGGAGAUUAUUCAUCUUCAUCAUCGUCACGGGACAGAGACAGGGAUAGGGACAAAAAUAGAGAUCGAGAUAGGGGAGAUAGAGAUAGGGAUAGGGAUAGAGACAGGGAUAGUAGGUCUAGUAAAUCAGUUCAUGAACCGAAAGUGGAAACAGUAAAAAUAGAUGAUUUACUGGUUCCACCUGGUAGAAAACACAGACCGCCACAGAUUGUGGUUAUGUUGAGAGGACUUCCUGGGUCAGGAAAAACAUAUGUUGGCAAACUAAUUAAGGAUAAAGAAGUUCAGCAUGGUGGUGGUGCUCCCAGAAUGCUUUGUUUAGAUGAUUAUUUCAUGACAGAAGUCGAAAAGACAGAAAAAGACCCUGAAACAGGCAAAAAAGUCAAAAAGAAGGUCUUAGAGUAUGAAUUUGAGGCAGAAUUAGAAAGUUCAUACAGGAAAAAUAUGUAUAAAAGUUUUAAAAAGACAAUUGACGAUGGAUUUUUUCCCUUCAUUAUUGUUGAUGCUGUGAAUGAAAAAGAAAGACAUUUUGAAGAAUUUUGGAGCUACGCAAAAUCUAAAGGAUUUCAGGUUUACAUUGCUGAAAUACAGGCUGAUGUUGCAACCUGUGUAAAAAGAAAUACACAUAACAGAUCUCAGAGUGAAAUUGAAAAGAUUGAAAAAGGCUGGCAGGAGACACCAAAACAUUAUCUUCGAUUAGAUGUUAGAUCAAUCCUUCAAGAAGUCUCAAUACAAGAGGUUGAAAUGGAAACAGAAGAGGAUGAGAAGCCGGAACCUAAACCAGACAAACGUAAGAAAGUAGAGAGUGACGAAGAAGAAGAUGUCAAGUUUGGGGAAAUAAAGAAGAGUAAAUGGGAAGUUGAACCCUCAGGAACACAACUAGAUAAACUUGAUGGUUUAAUACAUCACAAUAAGAAGAUAGCUCCAGUUCACCAGAGUAUGGAAGAUUUCCUGCAGCUGCCUGAUGACUAUGAUACUAGACCUCUUGCUCCUGGACAAAAAAGGGUUAGAUGGGCAGACAUUGAGGAGAAAAAAAUUCAGUCAAGACGACGCGACAUAGGUUUUGUGGUGGGACAGACACAGCGGGACUGGGAACGGAUAACAGAUGAUUCUUAUGCUGACAGGCAACUCAACAGAACAAAAUAUUUUUAAUUAAUGUUUUAUAUUAAAUAAAAAAAGGCUAUUGAUUGUAUAAAUGGAAUGAAAUGGGAAAAUGGCAUUUCAUGAAAGAAAAAGAAGGAACAAGAAAUAAAGACUAUUUUGAAGAUUACCAAAUAUUCUUUGUUCAGGAUGCCAUUUCAUCAACUUUAGUGUUUUACAAUUGUGUACAGAUUGCGAUUUUAAUGGAUUUUACUUGUAACUUUUGAUCAUUGCUGCAUUUUAAAUGCCUUCAUGCAUAAUGUUAUAUUUCAGAUCACUGUUGUAAAUUUGUAAGGAAUUAUGCGUAUGUUAGAUAAUAAAAUAACAUAUCCCUUCACUCGCUCACUUCACACAGUCAAGUCCAUGAAGGUUUUUAGAUGUAUUUGAAUAUUGUGAGUAAAUAAAAUGUCAUAUUCAUGUG